UUUGAGAAAUCAUUGAUAAGAGCCAGUUGUUCACGUCCACUAUUAUCCCAGGCCUAAACGGGCAGCCGUCCCUACCGUCCACAGGGAACAACGCUAACCACCCCCUUUGGGCACGCCAAUCUGUUCUGAAAAAGGGAGGCCCACGAUAUAAGGUUAAACCGCGCCGUCCCUUGUGUUAUAGUCGUCCUACGCGUUCUGUGUAUUUGGCACACUUUAUCGUUAGAGACCUGCUGUGCAGAGACGGGCACCGUUGCAGUUCUGCGAAAAGGCUCGCCGUUUUUACGAGUGGGGACUAGUGUUUUCUGCUAUUCUGAAGGAAGCAUUCAAGUCGUGUGAACACAGUGCAUUCGGUCUGUACAUCGCGAAUCGUGUCUGUGUGAACGGGUAGAUAUCUGGGAACAAAAAAACGACAGUUACUGAAUCGUCGUCGUUCUGUUGUGAUUCCGCCACGUAUUUUUUUUUUACCAACGGACCGGACUCGAAUCUCUCACCACAAGCAUUUCUGAAGGAGACGAAUCUGUUCGGAGUUUGACGGGGAAAAUUUUGAACCACCAGGAGUUAUUGUAGACUUGGAUGAAAGCUGUGGCGUUGGCCAGUGCGGCAGCUGCACGGAGACAUACGUACAGCGCCAAGAUGUCGUCCGCCAGUCUUGACGGAAACGAGGUGACGAAGGGCAUGCGGAAGAUCCAGUCCAUGCUCCGGAAAUUCGUCGAGGAGGAGACAGAGUUCACCCCAAGGAAGGAUGGAAAGAAGGUUGCGGUGCACAUCCGGUGCUUCAUCGUGCAGGUGGGACAGAUCGACACGCUGAAGGAAGAGUUCACUUGUGAUGCGGUGGUGGAGGCGUUCUGGGAAGAACCACAGCUCAACGGAGCCACAGCUGAGGACAUCCACUGGGACGACCAAUGGGACCCCCGUAUUGUGUUCUUUAACGCCGUGUCGGUAGACAGACUGGAGAAACAACGGGUGUUCUUCAAGGGCAGUUCAGGUCAGCCUUGGGUCCGCCUCACCAUGCACAUGAAGGGCACCUUCAAGGUCGCCAUGCAGCUCUUCAACUUCCCGUUCGACCAUCAGGAACUGAAGAUUGAGCUGAUGUCUGAUUGGUCGGACAAACACAUGAUCUUGUGCCCAUAUUUGGACGAGAAGGACGCUAUCAGCACUUCAACAUUCACAGGUGGAGACGAGUGGUAUCUCCACGCCCACAUGAUGACGUGUCAGGGGAAGACCGAGACGGAGAUCACGGGACCCGACACCAUCUUCCCCACCUAUGACGUCAUCAUCAACGUCACGCGUCGCUGGACCUACUACUUCUGGAACAUCUUCGUCAUCAUGUUCCUGAUCCUAUUGCUGACGUUCUCGUCCUUCGCACUCGACACCGGCGCCCUGGAGAGCCGGCUGGACGUGACGCUAACACUCCUGCUGACGUCAGUCGCCUUCAAGCUGGUUCUGGCGCAGAGACUACCCACAAUCUCCUACCUAACACUACUGGACAUCUACAUCCUAGCGGUUCUGACGGUGCAAGGUUUGAUCGUGAUCCUCCACACGACGAUGUCCGUCAUCACCAACAAGAACGUGGCGAGUCUCUUCAACAUCGUGUCCUCCGUCGUGCUGGGUGUGAUGGUCGUCCUCUGUCACGUGGCGCUCGUCAUUUACAUCGCUACCGUUAAAAGACAUCCCGGCGAACAGAGCACCGCAUGAAAACGCUACCCGUGACGUAAAAAUCGAUCCUGCAAUUGCUACAGCACUGACCAACAUCUAGAGAACAACUGCUCACUCGGAUAAAUAUUAGAUAUCUAUCAUCCCUUCUUCUUCUGUUACGCUACAAGAAAAGAGAAGAAAAUAGACUCAUAUCAAUUUGAAAACACCAGCACAAUGGCAACAGCACUAUAGUCUGAGAUAUGUAUACGUCUGUGCCAAAAUGAACAAAAAACUUCUAGAUCUAUCUCUCUAUGUAUAUUUCCAAAUCGGAGAGCACAUAUGAAUGUAUCUAAGCACAUCUUUGAUAACUGUCACACGUAGUAUUGCUUUAUCCUGUAUCGAAUCGUUUUAUUCUAUUGUAAUUGAUCAUGCACACUGUUAAUUCGUGUUGGUCAAGAAUCCAAAAUGCAAUGUCUAGCUUAAGUAGUAUCUUGCUACAGCUGGUGUUGGUAAAAUAGACAGAUAAUUAAACUUUGACAAUCAUGGUCGACAUGCAAAGUGAUACGCUUGAGGAAAUUACUUGUAUAUUUGGUUAUAUUUCAUGCGAAUGUCUGGAUGCAAUGUACGUUUCUCCGGGGUCAAAUUUGAACUGUGAUUGGCAACAUAAAGUUAAAACACUCACAUUUUCGAAUGACUAACUCCAGUCUUUGUAGAGCAAUGAGAAACACACUGCAUCUGUGGAGUUACGUUAUGCAGAUAGAAUACGUGAAUAAGUGAGCAGUUUAAAUGGCAGAAAGUCUAUGGCAGCCCCCGUCUCUCUUGAGGGAUGGGUGUGAAACCCUGAUGUGGAUGUCUUCUUUCAUAAUUCACUUCUCAUCGUGUCACGUGUUCUAUCUGCAUAACGUGACGUCACAGAAUCAGUGGAUUGCUCAUUCCCUGACAAAGACUUU